UCCUGUCAAAAUCAACCGUAGCUUUAGUCGCAUCCUUGAAUUUUUUUAAAUAAAAUUAGAACAACAUUCGAAAAAAAUUACAGUGGCUCGUUACUGACAUUUUUAGUCUCAAAUAGGUCAUAAUUGUGCAAUAAUUUGAUAAAAAACGAGACAAAAAUAAUACUGGCGGUGUCUAAGAUCACAACAACUCAACCUCACUUUUUCCCGAACCUAACCUCAAUUUUUUCAAAUAACACAUUUUUGUCGUUGUAUUUGCGCUAUUAUUGCCUUGUUGUUGAAGUUUCCGAUGGUUUUGGCCCGUGUCACGCUUCCACGGUACUUUUCCCUGCGUUUUAUCAACCGUUACGUGUGUGCCAUGAACCAGGCCUAUUUGAGACACCUAACCGACUCUGAAACGUUCGAACUGACAUUCCAGUACGUGGACCCCAAUGCCCGUCUCAACCGUCAGUUUAAUUUUAGUCGCCAAGUCACUGAACCUGUCUCGACCUUCACUCAGCGAGUGGCAACAAACAUUGAGAAAAUCGUCAAGAAAAAGUCAAAAACUGGGCCCCCAGUCGGCGUUCGCGUGUCAGUGAGCGUCAACGGAGCCCCGGUAGCCGACGACACGACUCUCUGCAAAGACAUUUUCUCAGAUUCCGGAAAUAAAGUGGUUUUAAAUGUGUGCGAACAGGAGUUUAAAGUGGUGAUAAACUCGCCUUGGAUAAGUGGGGUGGUGCUCCCUAGUUCGAUCCUAGCCGGCUUCCCGGUGUACCCCAUGAAAUUCGACAGCAUCUACACUGAUAAAGCCCAAUCUGAGUUUAAUUGGUACAAAUCAAACGAUCGAAAUAAGUGGAGUUUGGUUGGGGGCGGUUUUGUGUACACCACAAGCAACAGUGACAUUGGGGCUUACUUGAAACUGAGUUGUGUGCCGAAAAACGGGGAUUUGGUGGGGCCCAUCGCUGAGACAGUCUCAAGUGUGCCAGUCCAGGCCGGUCCUGGAUUCUGUCCAUUUGAAACGAGACAUCAAUUCACUAAAGAGAAGUGCUCAGGGAGCACGUUUCGAGUCGUGUCUUAUAAUAUUUUGGCCGAUUUGUACUGCGAUUCGGAUUUUACGAGACAGGUCCUGCACCCUUAUUGCCCCCCCUAUGCCCUUGCUAUCGAUUACAGAAAACAAUUGUUUAUUAAGGAAAUUACUGGAUAUAACGGUGAUAUAAUCUGUUUGCAAGAAGUCGACCGAAAAGUGUAUAAUUACGACUUGCGCCCCCUUUUUGAGGAACUGGGGUACGAGUCCGAUUUUUGCAUAAAAAGGGGGGCCGUGGCCGAAGGACUGGCUUGUUUUUAUAACAAACAACGAUUUAAAUGCUUGCAAACGCGCCGUUUUGUUUUAUCAGACGAGUUGAAAAAUUUUUCCGAUAUUUGGGCCAAAAUCUCGGAAAAUGACAAGUUGAGUGAGCGGAUUUUGGACCGUUCGACUGUUCUCCAGGUGAAUUUUCUUGAAUCGGUGGAAAAUAAUGAAGUUUUGGUGGUGGGAAACACGCAUUUGUACUUCCAUCCAGACGCUGAUCAUAUCAGGCUGCUACAAGGGGCUGUCAUUAUCAAAUAUCUGGAACACCUCAUCGACGAGUUUCGAAAAAAAAUGGAGAAUAAACGCUUGUCAUUGAUACUUUGUGGGGACUUUAAUAGCACCCCCGAGUGUGGCAUUUACCAGUUGUACACCACUGGACACGUGUCUGAGGACCACAUAGACUUCCAGAGCAAUUUGGAAGAGGCCGUCAAGGUGCCCCUCCACCAAAACUUGCGCCUUUCCAGCGCUUGUGGUACCCCCAAAUACACAAAUUUCACGGCCGGGUUUGCAGACUGUCUCGACUAUAUUUAUUACGAAUCGGGGAGUUUCGACGUGGUGCAAGUGGUGCCUUUGCCCUCCGAAGACGAGUUGAGACAACACACGGCGCUACCAAGUGUGGUUUUCCCCUCCGACCACAUUUCCCUAAUCUCUGACUUGAAAUGGAAAUAAAAAUAAUUAAUUGGGAUUUUUUAUUGUAACAUUGUGUAAAGUCCCGUUUGUGAAAAAGUCAAUAGUGGCAAUAGCCCCGAACACCAUUGCGAAGAACAAACUGUAGAUGAUCACCAAAAAUGAAACGUAAAAUAUGAGCAAGAGACCUGAAAUUGACAAAUUAAGUUGGGGGAAAAUUGAAAUUGCAAAUAACAAACACCAGCUCUUGGGGGUUCGGUUGCAAGCGGUGCCUUCCUCCCAAUUGAACAAAUACUUCCUGAAAGCUUCACAUUUGGGGAUUUUUUCAGGCUUGCGUUGGAAAUAAAACUCGCUUUUGGUGCUAGUGGUGCUCGGGACGUUUUUCAAAAAGCGCAUUUUGACACAACUCAGAAAUAAGUGGGCUCUUUCGUGAGCGAGUUUUUGUUAAUCACAGGUCGCUUGGCAUACAUCGUAAUGCAGAAAACCAUAAGGAGCAUCGUGGCGUAGAAGAGGCACCCGAUGAAACAGACGAAUAGCGGAUAAAACGUCAUUAUGAAAACUAGAAAAGGGUUAUUUUUGAAAUUUGGGGGCAAUUUCUUACGCCAACUCGUGCCAGUUCGGUAGCAAA